AUGAAGGAAGCAGACUGGCCGCUAGGAUACUAUGCUGUAAUUGUACUGACCUGGUGCCUGAUAUUCGUUACUUUUCCGUUCUCAAUGUUCUUUUGCAUACGGGUAGUACACGAAUAUAAAAGAAUGGUGAUAUUUCGUCUAGGACGAUUAUUGAGAAGCUCACCGAAAGGACCUGGUCUUGUUUUGAUAUUGCCUUGCAUCGACGAACAUCACCUGGUGGAUCUUCGAACAAUGUCUUACGACGUGCCAUCACAGGAAAUGCUGACCAGAGAUUCGGUCACAGUAUCGGUCGAUGCAGCCGUUUAUUUCAAAACAAGAGACCCAGUCGCAACAAUUUCAAGCAUCACGGAUGCUCAUAUGAGUACCAAGCAACUAGCUCAAACGACACUUCGAAAUGUAGUAGGAACCAGAACAUUGAGCGAAAUAAUGAGCGACAGAAAAGGCAUUGCUGCUCAAACGCAAGAAGUAUUACACGAAGGUACCAACCCGUGGGGUAUACAGGUGGAACGAGUGGAAUUAAAAGAUAUCAGGGUUCCUACUGAACUUUGUAGAGCACUUGCGACAGAGGCCGAAGCUGCAAGGAAUGCUGAUGCUAAAGUUGUUUCAGCAUCUGGGGAAUUCGAGGCAUCCGUUGUACUGAAGCAAGCGGCAGACAAGUUUCUUGACUCUCCGGCAGCUGUACAAUUACGUUACCUUCAAACGUUAGGAAAAAUUGCAGCUCAAAAUAAUCAUACUAUAAUUGUGCCUAUACCAUCAAAUUUUAUGAGAAGUAUUUAUAAUAAAUUCUGA